AUGGGCUUUACAACGGGAUUCGCCGGUGGUCUCACGCUGACACUUGCCGUCGCGUACUUGAGCUCGGUUGCGCAUCAAAAUGCUCGCGAACAACAAUCCUCCCUCCUCCAGCAACAAGCACGUGUUCUCGACGCCGCCCUCGACCGACCACCGGUGCCACUCCGUCCAACAAGAGCUGAGCUCGCCGCUGCUGCGAGAGCAAACUUCGUCGACAGUGCCAAGGACAGGUGGAAUUCCGACCUAGAGGGCGCAGUGAAAUGGCUUCAGAGUGCCGAUUGGGGACGGGCACGGGAAAAGUUGGAGGACAAGAUAUUCGGCGCUCCGGAAGUAGACGAAAGUGUCGAAAAGGCCAAGGCUGGCGUACUUGAGCGGGCGGCUGAGGCCAAGAAGGCCCUAGCAGACGCCGUUGAGAACGGAAUAUCGAAAGGAAAGGAUGUUGUGGACGAGAUAAAGAACGCGACUGGAAACGCAGUCAAGGAGGUUGAAGCGGUCGCGAACGAGGCGAUACAGACUGAGUCGGAUGUCGCGAAGGCGCUGAGGCAGCGUUAUGAGAAGAAUACAGCACAGACAAAGACCGUCGCAGAAGUGUUGAAGGAGCGGUAUCUCCCGUUAGACCAGCGAGAUAACACUUUGCUUCGAGGAAUAUGA